AGACCGACCAGGAGCAGCAAGUGUAGCUCUAAGCUAACGCUAGCUAUCAUAACAUUAACCCCAAUUUGGGGCUUUGGUCGGUCAUUAUUUUGUUAGCGAAGUCAAAGCUGGCUUCACUGGUCAACCAUGCAGAAAUAUGAAAAGCUUGAAAAAAUCGGGGAGGGUACGUACGGGACAGUUUUCAAGGCGAAAAACAGAGAAACCCACGAAAUUGUGGCGUUGAAAAGGGUCAGGUUGGACGACGACGACGAGGGAGUGCCAAGUUCUGCUCUGAGAGAAAUCUGUCUUCUGAAGGAGCUCAAGCAUAAAAACAUUGUCAGACUACACGAUGUUUUGCACAGUGACAAGAAGUUAACCUUGGUUUUUGAAUAUUGUGAUCAGGAUUUGAAGAAGUAUUUUGACAGCUGCAAUGGGGAUUUAGAUCCUGAAACUGUGAAGUCAUUCAUGUACCAGCUGUUGAAAGGCCUUGCUUUCUGUCACAGUCGUAACGUUCUUCACAGAGAUCUGAAGCCGCAGAAUCUCCUCAUCAACAGAAAUGGGGAAUUGAAGCUGGCUGACUUUGGGUUGGCUCGAGCCUUUGGCAUCCCUGUGAGGUGUUACUCGGCCGAGGUGGUGACAUUGUGGUACCGGCCUCCAGAUGUGCUAUUUGGUGCUAAACUUUAUUCUACCUCUAUUGACAUGUGGUCUGCUGGAUGCAUAUUUGCAGAACUGGCUAAUGCUGGAAGGCCUUUAUUCCCCGGGAAUGAUGUGGACGACCAGUUGAAAAGAAUCUUCAGAUUGUUGGGUACACCAACUGAAGAACAGUGGCAGACAAUGACCAAACUCCCAGAUUACAAGCCAUAUCCCAUGUAUCCAGCUACCACCUCACUGGUGAAUGUGGUCCCUAAACUUAGUAGCACAGGACGGGAUCUACUCCAGAACCUGUUGAAAUGUAAUCCUGUCCAGAGGAUCUCUGCAGAAGAGGCCUUGCAGCACCCGUACUUUGCUGAUUUCUGCCCACCCUAAAUGUCAAAUUGCCUCUUGCUGAACCUCAGCCGCCAGAAUCAAUCACCCAUCAACUCUGUUGGGUCAUUAGGACCAGUCCCAACAUGGCAAAUCCCUCACCAGUUUGACAAACCCUGCAUUUCAUUCUGUUGUGCCUCUGUGUGGAACAAAGUCCUGGUGGCUCUGAAAGGUUUUAGUUUUUCAAAGUUGCAAGUCUGUUUAAUUUGGUACAUACAAGCCUACCAGUGAGCACUAGUCUGUGAGGCUGCACUAUGUGUUGCAUUGAAUACAUUUUAUACCUGAGGAAAUGUUUGUCAACAAGAAGCCCCUCUGCUCCAAAAUACUUAAAUUCACAUAUGAUGUAUUCUAAAGAUUUUUAAAAUGUCUAUAAUGAAUGAGGCAUUUAAUCCCAGAUAAUCUCAUUUGUCUGAAUUCAAUACAAAACAUUACCGUUUUUCUUCCUAUAUAGAUGUGUUUUGCAAAGCAGUUUGCUGUCAUUAACAGGAAUAUUUAUCUUGGUGGAGUCCGACUGAUACUGGAGUAUCAUGGCAGUAACAAUAUUGCUUUGAGAGCUUAAAAAAAUCUGAUAAUUUUACUUAUUAAUUGGCUGAAAUUCAUUCUUUAACAGAAACACAAAUCAUGAAUUAUUAAAGUUUAAAAAUAAUCUCAUGAGUGCACACAGGUGGACAAGCAAUCUAACAGCGAUCCUUUCGAAAUGAUCUGAAACAUAUCUUUAAAGUUUCUGUAAUUCAAUUUCCUGUCACUUAUUGGCUGUCACAUUCCUUAAUACUAUUUAACUGCGAUAAGCUAAUAUCUGCUGGUAUAUUGUCUGUCGGGCUCUAGUGGAGACCACAUAUUCCCGGGGCAGCUGAUGCUACAAAGCCACUAUUAAAAAAAUAAGUUAUAUUAAAUUUAUCUACCAGUUUUAGAAACUCAAGCGAGUGAUUCAUUUGAAAAUCGUAAAGGCUCAAGUCAAUGUUUCUCCCCUUUUUAAGAAUUGUAUGUUAUUUUUGUAACACUUUAUUCUACAGGUGUAUUAUUUCUGAAAAAAAUUCCUAAGAGGUUUUAUUGGUAGAAUUAUGUAAUUUUGUUAUUGAUUACUUAAAAGAAUUGUUCCGAUGAAACCCAAGGUAUUAUUCAUCAAUUAUUAAUUUAUUAUCGGAAACCAUAUAUAUCCAUGAAUGCUAAAUUGUGUGUGUGUGUAGGGAAGUUUCACAUUUGUUACACUUGAUGUUACUCACAAUCGAUCAAUUUCAAGUGCAUCAAUUGAACUCUAUCUCCUGUCUAAUUUUACCAAAUUACAUGGUUCUUUUCAUGAAAACUUCUUGGGAAAAUAUAGCAAUAACAGUGUUGCCGUUAUUUAUUUUCUCUUUCUUUUUAGACCACAAAAGACUACAAACUAAACUUGUAUUUCUGAUGUUUCACAUAAAACAGUACAACUCUUUGUCCCGCUACCUAUCAUCACAAGAUUGUAUAAUAGCAUGGGAAGCUAAUUUAUAAUUUUCUUGUUCUCAGGCUUUUCUUUUUCCCCCAUUUUGUAUUUUUCUUUGUGCACUUUGUAACUGACAGUUUUAUUUGAAAUCGUCUGAUUAUCAAUAUUAUUAAAUAUGUGAACACUGACAGCCAGGAUUAUAGCCGGUUAUCAAUAAAUGGGCCAAUAUAUAUAAUAUAUGUUAAUAACUAGUGGACCAUUAGUGACACAUUGCUUUUUUUGUACAUCAUUUCUAUCAUUAUACUCAUGUGUUUUAGCCUUUAUGAGAUACUUUUUUAAAUAGUUAAAUUAGAAAUGAAGAAAAAAGGUUCAGAUAAUCCACUGAUGAUCUGUAUUUUCAUAUAAUGAUUGUUUUGCACCAUUGGCUGUUUCCAUUUUGGUUACUUAUCAUAUUAACAUGGUCAACUGCGUGCAGUGUUAUUUAACUCCAGAUUGUUAGAGUGCUACUAAUCCCAUAAAAGCCUACAUAACAAGUUGUGUUUGAAGUAGCUGUCUUAAUAGGGAAAGGAUUCAUUUUCAUUUUGCUGAUGUAAGACAAGAUAAUGGAUGCAUGUAUUUAUUAAUGAUGGAAUGUCUGCUUCUAUUCUUUUCUUUUUUCUUUUAAAUGUAGCACAACUUCAUUUGGUUCAGAAACUCCUUUUGAAUGAUUUAUAAUACUCAUCUACAGCAUUUAGCAGGCCCUUUUUAGGAUUUAAAAUGAUUUUAAAAAGUUGUGUGUAUGGAUACAAUUAUUAUGACAAAAAACAAAAGUAUUUCUUUCUCAUUAACUUGUGAUGAGAGGACAUUUCAGACAAACUGGUGUAGAGUUACUUUAUACAAUUUUAAUUUCAAAUGAGUGGAUUUUGCACUUUGUUAGUACAUUUGCUUUUGUUGGUAGAACUUGGGACAAAUGUUGUCUGUGAUAUCUUUUUUCUGUAUA